GAAUAUUUAUUCUCAAAGAUUCGGGCCGGAAGUCGUCCUCUCGGUGCUGCUGGCAGAACACGGAAGCAAGUUGUUUUAGCUGCGUAGAUAGAUAGCACAACGGCGAUUUAAACCUAUUUUAUACAGUCUAUGAUUCAAACAUGUCUAAAGUAGAGAUGUUGAGACUGUUGGUGAAUGAACGACUUACUGCGGCUGCUGAAGAGAUAUUUGGACUGUUUGAAAGAACCAUAGCAGAAUAUGAAGAAGAACUUUCUCGUUCAAAAGAAGAGACCGAGCGACACCGGAAACUAUUGGACGCUGUUUUGAAGCCUGAAGUUCGCUUACAUAGAGCAGUAUUAUCUGCAGACGUUCAGCAGGACCCAGAGCCCCCACACAUUGAAGAGCAACUCUGGAGCAGUCAGGGACGAGUGGAAGAGAAAGCUCCGUCCUCAAAGCUUCAUCUGAGAAAAGCCUGCAGCUCUGCUCCACAGAUGGAAAAAGAGAGGCAUGGAGAGGACUGUGGAGUAUCAGAACCAACCAGGAGCUUAGAUCCAGAGAGUUAUGAUGACUUGGAGGAGACAAGGAAACCUCAGUCAGAUUCAAAAACGCUGACAAAUAAUUGCGUUCCUGAAGGUGAUAAAAAAGAGACAGCAGUGACAUCAUCUCCCUCCCUCCUGCUCAACAGUUCCACACUGGACCUCCACUCCUGCUGUUCUGGCGAUAAAUGUUCUUUAAUCUCCAACAGCUCUGGAUCAUCUAACAGAAAGGACAAGGACAGACUAAACUCCUGCAGAACUGCACAAGAUACUGAUCUGAUCUGAUAUAACAUUACCAUUCAGUAAAAUAUGUAUCGCACAGAAAGGUCAUAGAUUUAAAGAGUGAAGCACUGGUUUAGAUUAAAAUCUAGCAACUAAAUUGAAAAUGAGACAAUAUGAGUCAGGAUCUGCCAGAUUCAGCUCAGGAAAUUGUUUUUGUUUUAGUGUUGACUGGGAAAUUUUGAAGAACUGAAAAAAAUCUGAAAAAAGGAUAAUGGCAAAUCAACAACAAUCAAAUCAAGCUUAUUCAGUUAGCCAUGUAUGAAAAACUAAACGGCCCAGUUGUUCUCGAUGACAUGACUUUCUGUUGUCAAACAAAUGUACAAGUAUAAAACUGUGACGAGGUCAUGUGCUGUAAAUGAUAUUUUCUCACCAAAGCUUGUUUGCACUGAUAGCAAAAAAAUACAUUAUCAAGUAUGGACAGGGCCCUUCAUGUGUGGAUAACUACGUUAGUUUGAUUUGAUUGUUGAUGAUUUGACACUGGAUGGAUUUAAUCUAAACAAAUAUACACAUAUAUGGUAUACAAUUCAUAGAACUGACACUACUGUCAUGAGCCCUCUCCCUGCCUGGUAACACCACUAAUUGUUUUCAAUUAUGUGCCACUCUGCUCCCUGCUCUCUCUACUCUGUCUGAUUACCUCCACCUGUCUCUGCUCUGCCUGCCUGCC